CUUUCAAAGAAGAAGAAGAAAUGAAACUAGUUCCAGAAGAAGAACCAAACUGCAAAUACAAACAUGGAGCCUGAAAUUAACAAUAAAAGCGUUACAGAUACAAGCUGUACAGAUGGAAGUGACAGUUUUUCCCAUGUUACCGCUGUUGCUACUGGGUGGAUGUUGGACUUUAUGUUUGUAAGUUUGUGUCGGUGUUUCAAGGAAGGCAAACAUGAUGAAUUCAAUGAAACGCUUUCGACUUUAGAGGCCAUUUCUCAGAGUCCGUCUCUGAAAGGAGACCUCUACGAUGAGAAAACUAUGAUAUGUGCAUUCCUUGCUAGAGUCAUGCAUGGAAAGCAAUUGGAUGUCCAGUUUGAAGAGGAUGACCGCGUGAUGCCUCUCAUGUCUGCCGCCAAAAUAUGGUCAAAGCUAGAGAACACUGUGGAAGACGAAAGUUUGUUCAAAAACAUUACCACCCUUUUGCUUGUCCAGUCUGUCGCUGUGUGCUUGGAGAAAGGCCAAAGAUCUUCUGCUGUCUCUGCCCUCAAGUGGUUUGAGGAUAACCAUGAAUUCCCACAGAACUUGGGCGUUAAGCUGUCGACAAUAGUGACACAGAGGGAAACUUACCAUCCAUUCCUCAUGAGUUUCAGCUUCAGCCACCUACUGGAGACAAUUCAAUCUUAUUUGGAUGCCUACUUGGAGAAGAAUCCCUCUGACUACCUUUUCAAGGCAGCCACAAAGAUGGUCCAGUCAUCACAGAACGUUGAGGUUUUGGAGGACAUGGGGACACAGGACGGCUCUCUGUCAGAACCAGCCAACGAAUCAACAGAGGAUAGAAAGAAAAAGGAGAAGACAGUAUGUUUGAGAACAAAACGGAAACUACUGUCAACUAAAAUGGCCGAUGUAUGGAAACCUGAUGAUACAUGCAAGAAGGCUUUUGUCUCUCUCAGAAGAAUAUCCAAGAAUGAGUUAUCUCAAAUGACAUCUGAGAAAUCAAUGGAUGCCCCGAAGAUCCAAAAAACAAGAAAACCACCUCAGAAAUGGACACCCCAGCUGGACAAAUACCUCAAGAAAGGCGUUAAAUGUCACGGCCAGGGGAAAUGGUCUCGCAUAUUAAUGGAUUAUGACUUUGAAGGACGCACCGGCACCAUGCUUAAAGACCGCUGGAGAGUUCUAAUGAGGGCACAUAAAGUUGGCUGAAGAGGGAGAGUGCCUCUCGAACUUGUACAAUGUAGCAAAUCACCUGUAAAUAAACCCAUUAACUUAACUGAUCCACUCAUUUAAUCCUUUUUAGCCCAUAGCUUAAUUGCUGAAGAUGUUCCUUUAUGUUAUUGGUGCUUUGUGCUUUGCUGUUGCUCUGUAUGCACCAAAUAUACCACUAGAGGGCACUCAACACAAAAUAAUGAUUUGGGCUAAUUGAAUUGCCUUCUAUGAUAGGAUACAUCUGAUAGUGUACAAAACCUGUAACUGUGCCCCUCUAACUUGUACUUUGUAGCAGUUUACCUUUGACUUAAACAUUUUCAGUCUAAACCUUUUCUGCACCAGAAAAAUGUCAUACCACCAGAGGGCACUCAACACAACAAUAAAUUGGGCUGUCUGCGUUGCCCUCUGAACAUUUCAUGGUUUCUUCUUUCUUUUUUUAAAAUAUAUAAUCACGUCACAAAUGUAAAAUAUUUUUUAUGAUUUUAAAAUUUCAAGUUAAAUAUUUUUGCCAGAAAAUUGUUGGCUUGUGAAUUAAAAAUAUACAAAAUCAAUUUUGAUGUGAGCUAGAAAAAGGUGAAAUACUGUUCAUGUGUGUUUACACAGUGUGCUGUGCUGCAAAGUUACACAGAACAAUGGAAAUGUGCACGGUGAUUGCAGUGAUUUGAACAUGCUUUUAUGUGUAGCAUAUUUAUUAGAUAACUGCAUUUCACCACUGUCGAGUCUUGAGUCUCUUAGUAUUGAAAGCCUGCAGUAUUGAGGCAUCAGCUCUGAACACAGUAUUUCAGUUUCACUGAUGAGGGGAGCUUGGCUGUGAAAUGUUAUUGUGGACACCAGAUCAGAGAUUGUUCUGUGGUGCUUUGUUUGGAUCAGAUGAAGACGAAGCUGUGUUGUGGUGGGCAGUUGCACUGCUGGGUUUUCUGGAUCUUCUUCCAUGUCCCGCUGCACUGAUGGUUCCCCAUCGCCUGCCAGUGGAGCACAGAAUCUCUGCAACACAGUCACAGCCCCAAAUGUUUAUGGUUUUCACACCAGCAUGUGCAUAGUUUCACCCAUUCACAUCUGUGCAGUACAAUAUGUUGUUUCACUGAUUUACUGCCUUGCUCACGGGCCUAUUGAUGUAAUUGUAGGGGGAGGUGGGGGUGGAGGCUCAAAUUCAUUCUGGAUAACAAUUUUCUUUUCACUUGAUUCUAAAUGUUAAAUGAAUUUGGAAUUGAUAAAAUGGCAAAACUAGAAAAAGAUUGAAGGUAAGAUGCUGUUGUAGUCAUGUACAAGUAUGCAACUUUAAACAACAUUGCUGAGAGAACACAAAUAAAGUUUCAUAACUUCA